CGCCGCAGCCGCCGCGGGUCCGGGCCUGGGCAGGCGGCGGCGGGGGCGCCGCGCCGGGCGGGCGGCGGGGCCAUGCUGGGCAAGGACUACAUGCUGGCCAUCGUCCUGGUCAACUGCGACGACAACCUCUGGAGCGACCAGAGCCUGGAGACAGACCCUGACCUCCCCCCAGGCUGGAGGAAAAUCUGUGACUCUCUGGGUACCUAUUACUGGCAUGUGCCAACAGGCACGACACAGUGGCAGCACCCUGCACGCACCACUAGCCCGGGAGGGCACACAGAGGCUGAUGGAGAGGAAACGCUCCAGGGAAGGGAAUGUCAGGCCCCUGCAGCAAAGCACUCAGCAAAGGACAGGCCCAUUCCCAGCCCCAUGGCUUCGCUGUCCCGGAGGCACUCACUGUCCUGGCACGGAGAUGACUUCCAGCACAGCGCAGAGCCCGGCUCCAAGUGCUUUGCUGUGCGCUCUUUGGGCUGGGUGGAGAUCCCCGAGGAGGACCUGGCACCUGGCAAGAGCAGCAUCGCCGUCAACAACUGCAUCCAGCAGCUCUCCAACAGCAAGGGCCAGAGCUCUGCGGAGAACCAGGGUGAGGGCCAGGACCUAGUGAUGAUUCUGAAGAAGGACACCAUGAGCCUGGUGGACCCCCUCGACCGCAGCCUCAUCCAUCGCCAGCCCAUCCUCAACAUCCGUGUCUGGGGUGUUGGCUGCAACAACGGCAGGGACAGAGACUUCGCCUUUGUGGCCAGUGAUAAGGACACCUGCGUGCUCAAGUGUCACGUGUUUCACUGCAAUGUGCCUGCCAAGGGCAUCGCCAAGGCUCUGCAUGAGAUGUGCUCCAAGAUCGUGGCCGAGCGAGCCGUAGCGAGCAGCAGGCUGCCACGCGCCGCCACGCUGGAGCCCAUCUCCGCCGAGGACCUGCCACUGCAAGUGGAUAUCCUAGAAGCGGUGAGGCAGUCGAUGCAGACCUACGAGGCGCUGUACAUCGGCAGCCUGCCCGUGCCCAGGGCCAUGGGGAUGGAUGUGUUGAACGAGGCCAUCGAGAAGCUGACGAGGCGCCCUGGGCGGGAGAACUGGACGCCGUCCCUCAUCUACGUGUCCGACACGGCCAUGAGGGUGCACCCGGCGCAGGUGGGGAGGGCACAGGGGGCUGUGGCCGGAGCGGGCACGGCGCUGCCUCCCGGACAGCGGACCUGGGGCGCGGCAGGGCCGCCCGGGCGGCGGCCAGGGGUGGAUGGGCCCGCGGGGUCCCCGCAGGAGCCCGAGGAGGCGGCGCACAUCUGGGAAUGCCAGGUGCGGUACGUGACCUUCCUGGGGGUGGGCCGGGACGCGCACACCUUCGCGCUCAUCGUGGACACGGGGCGACGCUUCCAGUGCGCGGCCUUCUGGUGCGAGCCCGACGCGGGCACCAUCUCGGAGGCAGUGCAGGCCGCCUGCAUGGUGCAGUACCAGAAGUGCCUCGUGGCCGCCGCACCGGGGGCGAAGGCGAAGAGCGCGGCUGGCCGGGGCCGGGCCGGGCCGGAGGCCGCGGGGGACGCUGCCCUCGGGGCGGCCAAGGCGGGGGGGGGCGGCGGCGGGGCGGGGGCCGGGGCCCGCAAGCGGGGACUCCUCUCCUUCCUGGAGGUGUUCCGCCUCCGGCGGGCCCUCCUGCACAGCCCGUAGCGGGCCGGGCCGGGC